GGCACUGGUGGGCACAGGUGGGUGGGCACAGGUGGGUGGCACUGCUGGGCACAGGUAGGUGGCACUUCUGGGCACAGGUGUGUGACACUGCAGAGUGGCACCGGUGGGUGCACUGCUGGGCACAGGUGGGUGCACUGCUGGGCACAGGUGGGUGCACUGCUGGGCACAGGUGGGCGGAACUUGCGGGUGGCACUGCUGGGCACCGAUCAUCAGGGCACUGAUCAUCAGUGCCCUGAUGAUCGGUGCCGAUCCCCGCUCAAUGACAACUGCCGGUUCUUGGCAGUACUUUCCUCACGAUCUGACAGCGUGAGGAAAGUGCAGCCGAGAACCGGCACUUGC